AUGCCAAUGCCGAGAAAAGGAGAGGGCCGAGGCUGCAAACAGAUCGGGCAGGCACAGCUUCAAAAUACUUCUCCGUCGUGGGAGGGCCGCGGACUUGCGCGACUUAUAUGCACAUAACGCGACGUGUGCAGCUUAGCGCCAGCGGCGUUCAGGGCAAAUAGAGAUUACCUACCGUACUGACGAAGCAUUAAUCUCAAGCCCUUGUACCUGCUCCAUGUUUAGUUUCCGGGGUAGCGUCUGGGGUAUGGGGAAAGCCAAGAGUUGCGCAUCCGGAAGAUCCACCAAUGGGACGCUCUCGAGGCAGAGCUUUGCAAGGCUUCGUACGGCACUUGCAAUAUUUACCUUCGCCUUCAGCCGGUGUACGUCACAUGUAUCCUGACGGAUACAUGUGCCGUACUUCUGUACCCAUGGUUGUCUGCCCGUGCCUGUGGUUGCUUGGAUAUGUUGUGCGGAAGCUACGCACUUUUUAAUCGGGCUUCGUGUUUAACCGGAUCCACCAAUCGAGUUACAGUGUGACAGAGGUCUGACCUGUGUGUACGAUGGUACUUGAAUGUCCUGGUGGCGCAGCGCUGUUGUGUUGCGCUGGAUCGCAAUCUGUACAGAGAGCAGUGGAUCG